AUGGUAUUAACAAAACGUAGUUGGCAUUUACCAUUAAUUUGUCAAAUAUGUGGUGAUAAAGCACGUGGAAUGAAUUUUGAAGUAAUGACAUGUAUGUCAUGUAAAGCUUUUUUUCGACGUCAUGCAUUACAGCCGAUAUAUUUUCUUCAAUGUCAACAUGGUAAUAAUUGUGAAAUAACACAAUUAACACGUGGUAAUUGUUCAGCUUGUCGUCUAAGAAAAUGUUUUUCAUUUGGUAUGAAUCCAAAAUUAAUACGUUACAAAUCGAAAAAUCAUCAUCAUCAUCAUCAUCGAUUAUUAAAAAAUAAAAAUCAACGAUUGCCAAAGCCACCACCACUCAAUCUUCUUGAAAAUGAUAGUUCAACCUUAACCAAUAUUGAAUGGAAUCUUUUAUCAAAUAUAACUCAUGUUUAUGAUCGAGAAAAUCCAAUUGAACAUGCCAAAUAUAUGCUUGAACACCAAGCAUCAUUACCACCAAAACUUCGUUCAAAAGCAAAAUCAACAUUAGAUAUAGUUGAAUAUUAUUAUUCCACAAUACAAUCAUUCCUUGAACGUGUACCUUAUUUUCAUGAUUUAUCAAUAGAUGCACGUCGAGCUCUUAUUCAACAUAAUUCUUUUACACUAGGAACAUAUAAUUCACUACUUCUUAUUCGCGAAACAAAUGCAUUUGAUUAUUCAAGUUAUAAGUUUGGCUGUCAGAAUCUUUAUGGUUAUGAAAAUUGUUUAAUGACAAAAAAAUUCAUUACAGCAUUAGAACAAAAUAGAACACUUGUUAAAAUAAUGCUUUUAAUUACUGCUUUUUCUGAAAAUUGUUCAAUAGUUUCAUUAGAUUAUUCCCAAAGUAUGACAACGAUGGCAAGUACAAUAUCUUUAUUUCAUACACAAAAUAUAUUGGUAUCAAUGCUUUGGAAAUAUUUAAAUUAUCAAUAUGGAUUUUUAGGAGCUGCUAAAUGUUUUCAUUCUUUUAUUCAAUAUGUUUUAAAUUUAAUUCGAUGGACUGCAAGAAAUCCUAGUACUCAACAUUCUGAUAUGGUCGAUACACUUAUUGAAAAUACUACACGUUCAUUAACAAUGCAUGAUUAA